UUUGUCAAACAUGAAACUGUAUUUUGAAAAUUAAUAGCAACGUAUUUUCCUAUUUUUGAUGCCAUUUUUAAGAAAGCUGGUCAGAAAAGAAUUUUGCUUUUGCAUCUCGCUGACUUCUGGAUGCAUCAUAAUUUCAUUCUACACCUUGUUUUUCGGAUUCCUUAACGCAGGAACCACUGUUGACGAGGUUAUAUACAAGAACACAUCCAAAACUGAUGUAUAUGCGAAAUGGUUUAACGUAUUUCAUAUAGCACUGAUGAUCGCGGCUGCAGUUAUCCUGCUGAUCUCUGUUAUGACGAAAUACUUAAGGAUAGUUUUCGUUUGGAUGGCCAUGUUCAUCAUUCAUAUGAUAUCUUACUACAUCAUCUUCAAUGCUUUGAUAAAUGUUCGCAAUCCGUUUUUUAAAAAGGAAGUGUCUGCAUUUUUUUAUGUCUUGGUGAAUUUAGUGACGUUGGGAAUCGAUCUCUUCUGUUUGCUCAAAGUUUACUCAUAUUAUUAUGUAAAAUCGCAUCCAGAUCAAUUUACACCAGCAUGUGCUGAUAAAUAAGAGAAUCCCUAAAAAUUAAAUGGAGAACAGCAAACUGGAUUUUAAGAUGAUAAAACACAAUAACAGUUCGUGGUCUUCACCAUAUGUUCAUCAACAUCUUGAUGAGAACUGAAAACGAUUCCACGCGUGCCUGACAAACACGACACACACAUCAAGCUGGAAAUUCUAGGCUAAUGCUAAUGAGGCCAUAAUACAAAUUGCUGAAAUUGUAAUUAUGCAAAAAA